AUGGCCACGCCCGAGGAACUUGCAUCUGAAAUCCAAAAUGUCUCACUAGACGGCAAAAAAAAGAAAAGACCCCAAAGGGCAUUCUUCGAUGUGAAUCAAGUGAAUCAACAAGCACAAGCAUCUUUUGCGCCAGUAGCUCCUCCACCACCACAAUUCGAAGGACAUGAUGAAUUUGCGACCCAGCAGUCUCAGCGGUACCCUGCCCAUGCUUUUCAGCAACAACAGCAGCAGCAGCAGCAGCAGCAGCAGCACUUCGACAAUUCAGCCCAGUUUGGGCCAAACACCAUCACCCCUGCUCAGCCAAGAACCGAGUACCUGAACAUGUUGAACGCCAAUGAGCCACUACAUGAAACACAGUUCGAUGUUCUGGGAACUCCUCAUACUCCAAGUUCUGACUCCCCUUUGUCUCUAUGCAAAGCUCGUCAUGAUCACGAAACUGAGUACACCACUUUGCUAUACGACCAAGAAGGCAAUUGCAUUGGUACUAAGCCCUUCCUUUCGUUUGAAAACGUUGUCCCUCCAUUUGCUGGAACACAAUACUUUGCUGUGGAUCAGUCUACAGCUACGCCGAAGCAUAUGCGCUCCACCUUCUACAAUGUUCCUGAGCUGGAGCAAUUACGGAAGGCUACGAGACUACCCAUGGCAGUGACCAUCCGUCCUUUUGCUCCGCAGCUAACCUCGGAAGAGCCCAUUCCAACAGUGGACAUGUCUCGUUUGGGGCAGGAACUGGGUGUGGAUCCCGAGGAUAUCGGCCCUCCUCGUUGUCGAAGAUGUAGAACAUAUAUUAACCCUUUUAUGGUGCACAACAUCCAAGGCAGGUUUGUGUGCAAUAUAUGUCAGUUCCCCAACAACUUGUUGCCGCAUGAAUAUGUUGCUCCAGUCGAUCUGUACGGACAGCGAGUCGACAGAGGUCACAGACCAGAGUUGCGUCUCGGUGUCUACGAUCUCAUAGUACCGGACUACUACAACGUUGGCGGUGCCGAAAAAACGCCCGAGCCAUUGCAUCAUGUCUUCUUGGUCGAUAUCUGCCAGCAUAGCAUAAAUAAGCAGUUGAAUAUGUUGGUUGCUGACGCUAUUCGUGCAACCCUCUUUGACUACGACGAACAGAGUGCUGGUCAGGAACGCCGCCCACAGAAGUUUGCCAUCAUUAUGUUCGACAAAGCCACCCAUUUCUUCAACUUGUCUCCAUCGUUAGAGGCUACUCAUAUUUAUAUCUCCGGUGAUUUGGAUGAUCCAUUUGUGCCGUUUUAUGAUGGCCUAUUCGCUGAUCCUGAAGAAAGUGGGAUGGUUAUUGAAGAUGCCCUCCACAACUUAGAGUCUUUAGGUUCAGGCAAAACUCUCCACGACCCAGAGCCUUGCUUUGCUGUCGCUCUUAGAGCUGCUGCUAUGGCUCUUGAUGCAGUUGGAGGAGGUAAGAUCAUUGCAAUCUUAUCUACUUUACCAUCCUGGGGACCUGGUGGGUCAAAAUUGAAGCUGAACAACACUGUCGGUAGAAACCCAACCGCAGAUGUUGAGAAAAGACUCUAUUCAGUUGACAAUGAAUAUUAUAAGCUUUUGGCCAAGGACAUGAUAGCACAAAAUGUUGGUUUAGAUGUUUUUGCGGUGUCUCAGACUCCUGUCGAUGUCUCGAAUAUCGGCUGGUUAGCGUCGGUGACAGGCGGUAAAAUGGUAAAAUGGAGUGAGUUCGAUUUUGAGAGAGAUAGUCGUGCACUUACAGCCCAGAUUGUUCGGUCUGUUGAAUCAUCACGAGGCUAUCAGGGUCAGCUUAAGCUCCGUUGCUCGAAUGGCCUUCAAGUUGCUCAGUACUAUGGCUUUCCCAGUUCCGAAGGAGGUAUCAUCGGUCUAGUCAACUCCACACUGGAUCCUAUCAUUCCCAUUCUCAAUGAAGAUCAGACCUUUACCAUACUUCUUGAGUAUGAUGGAACAUUGAAUACCAAAUAUGAUUGUCAUUUGCAGGCAGCUUUGCUAUACACCGAUCCUCAAGGUGUUAGAAAGGUUCGUGUCAUGAAUCUAGUGUGUGCUGUGAGUGAACGUCUCGAGGACGUGUUCAAUUUUGUGGAUCAGGAUGGUGUUGUUGCUGCCCUUGUCAGAGAUACAUUAUCCUUUGUUGGUAAAGAGCUGAUUGUCGAAUUGAGAAGCUCCAUUAGUAGUAAGCUUGUCGAUGUGUACGCCCAGUACAGGAGAAUGGAGGAAACUAGUCAUAACAGUUCCCGUUCGCUAACCAACAAGCUCAUCUUUCCUGACUCGUUAAGACAUAUGCCUUUAUUUAUUAUGGCCCUUACCAAAUCAAAGGCUCUCCGGGACUCAUCAAAAUCUGAUAUCGAUGAACGCUUGGUCGAUGUUUACAGUAUGUUGAACAUGCCUUUGGAUAGACUUGUAUAUCAUCUCUAUCCAGCGUUGGCAGAGUUGCACUCUUUUACAGAUGAUGAUUGUAUGCCUAUUGAGGCAGGAGAGAAGGAUUCUUUCAUUAAAUUGCCUGAGUUUUUGCCAUUAACGGCACAGUCUUUGGCUCCAAGUGCCUACAUUCUUUGUGAUGGUACCACGGUAUACGUAAGAGUUCACCCCGAAACAAACGCACAGCUUUUGGCAGAUUUGUUUGGUGAUCAUAUAAAAGGAGUUAAUGAUCUCGAUCUCAAGAUGGAUUCUUUGCCAGAGCUUCCCACUCAUAUAUCAGAGCAAGCUCGAAAUCUCGUGCAAUUUUUUCAAAAAAAUAUUAUCGGCACUUCCUCCAUUGGGCACUUUGCCAUUCAGUUGGUUGUGGAUGGCGUAGGAGGGCCAAUCCCGCAAUUCUAUGAGGCGCUUAUCGAGGACCUGCUUCCAGCUAAGAUUGCAAGUGCUUCCACUAAUUACGCUAACUUCCUCACAUCAUUGCAUAAAGCAGUUACAGUAAAGGUCGAUUCUGAAAAAGCAGCCAAGAAAAACGACCGCCACGCGCUUAGCGAUACCAGCACUUUCACUCUGUUGCUUCAUUUUUGA